GAGGGGAGGGGAGGGGGGGCGGAGAGGACAGGACAGCGCGGUCCGGUACGGUCCGGUGUGGUGCAGUUGGGACGCUGGACACUCACUUCGACGUGCACGUCUGGGGGCUGUUGGAGGAGGAGAAAGACCACUUGAACCAAGAUGGCUGUGUUAGCCCCGAACUUCUAGCGGAUGUGGCUGUGCUUUUAUUUAUUUAUAUAUGUUUAUAUAUAUAUAUAUAUUAUCGGGUUGUUGUUUCUGACUUGUGGGGCAUUGCACGAUGUCAUUCGCUAUGGAGGAUAACCUGGAGUCGGACUGGGUUGCUGUGCGACCCAACGCUUUCGACGAGAAGGAGAGGCACAAGUUCGUCUUUAUCGUGGCUUGGAAUGAAGUGGAAGGAAAGUUUGCCAUCACCUGUCACAACAGGACUGUUCAGAGGAAGAAGAUUGGGGCAAAGGGGGUCCAGGGGUCACAGGAGCCGUCGGACAGCUCUCCUGUAACGGGCAGCAAGGCCGCAGCUCAGGGGGGGACUGUGAGGAAGAGCCCGACUGGAGAGGGAACCGAGCUGAGAAGUCCUAUCAGAGAAAGGACCAGCAUCCAGAGCCCAACUCGAGGAGACAUUGGGGCCAAGAGCCCAUCCAAAGGGGACAUCAGGGCCAAGAGCCCAGCGCAGGGGGGUAUGACAGUCCCUGAGUCAAUCUCGGGGGAUCCGAAGAUGACAGGUCAUGGAACAGGCAAGACAUGUUUUCUGGACCCUAUUCAAGAUCAUACCCGUGUCCAGGAGUCCACGACUACUGCUGGAGAGGCUGGUGAUCAGACACAGGAUCAGGAGAGUGUGAUGCCGGAUGACUGCAGUUGGGCGGGACUGUUCUCCUUCCAGGAUUUGAGAUUGAUUCAUCAGCAAUUCUGUGCUGUAAAUUCCGAACUGGAGCCCUGUUUACCCGCGUUUCCCGAAGAGACGUCGGGGAUGUGGUCUGUGCUGUUUGGAGCCACAGAGGUGUUUGAAGGGGAAAUGGACUCUCUCUGCUUACAGCUGCAGAUGUACCUCGGCCACGCGCUGGACAUUUGCGGGUGGAAAAUCCUCUCUCACCUACUGUUCACUGAAAGUGAUGACCCCGACGAGUAUUACGAGAGCCUGAGUGAGCUGAGGCAAAAGGGAUACGAAGAGGUGCUCCACAGAGCCAAAAAGCACUUGCAGGAGGUGGGACAACCUAAUUAUUUUUUGUCGUAA